AUGUACAGCGACAACGCCACUACAUUUGUUGGCGCAGCCUCAGUACUCAAGACGCUGUACAAUCAACCCUCGAGAGAGAACCUCGAGAUUCAAGCUGCCCUCGCCACACAGGGGACUCAAUGGAGCUUCUCACCACCGAGAGCACCCCACUUUGGUGGCAAAUGGGAGGCAGCUGUGAAAUCCACCAAGUUCCACCUCAAGAGAGUCCUCGGAUCAUCAACAUUCACCUAUGAGGAACUCAACAGCAUCCUCAUCCAAAUCGAGGCCUGCCUGAAUUCGAGGCCAAUCACUCCAAUGACGGAUGACGCAGAAGACCUCCAAGCACUCACCCCAGGACAUUUCCUGAUCGGUGAGCCACUCCAGAUCAUACCAGAACCAACCCUCCUCAACAGAGAGCCCAGAAAACUACAAAGAUGGAAUCUGGUUACUCAAAAAAUCCAGCAGUUCUGGUCCAGAUGGGCUAGAGAGUGUCUCCAACGAUAUCAAGCCAUCUAUAAGUGGAACCAGAGAGAGAGGAACAUCGAGGUUGGAGACAUGGUCCUGAUGAUCGACGAAGAUUAUCCUCCAGCAAAAUGGCCCCUCGCAAGAGUAAUAGAAAUUCACCCAGGAGCAGAUGGCCUAACCAGAGUUGCAACCAUCAGGACCUCAAAAGCAUCAGUUCCAACACAACAAAAUGGAACUCCCAUCUUAGAGAGGAUCACCAGCACCAGCUCAAUCUUCAAAAGACCCAUCGCCAAGCUCUGCCUCCUACCGACAGAUCCACCUCCAGCAGAACAACCUCCAGAAGAGGAGCCAGAGCAGGAAGAGGAGUAG